AGCACGUGGUGUUCUCACAACAACUCAAAAUAGAACAAACCUCUACGAGGUAAGGUUUUUGUUUUGUGAGAGACAGCCAUGGUUGAAGCUUCGGGGAUGAUGUAUACUAACACCAACACCACUCUUAUUCCUGCUUUUAACCCUACAGUUCAGAGGAAUCAUCUUCGUUUAUGUCAACUACCUCUCUCACGAAGACACCAUGUCCAAUUUUCACUCUCUGCAACUGCAAGUCAAGCCUCAACAUUUAUGGAAACUAUUCCUUGGGGUUGUGAGAAUGAUUCGCUGGAAAACUCUUCUUCUCUUCAGAAAUGGUUGUCAGAGUCAGGUCUUCCUUCUCAGAAGAUGGCCAUUGAUAAAGUUGAUGUGGGUGAGAGAGGACUUGUUGCAUUGAAGAAUAUUAGGAAAGGAGAGAAGCUUCUCUUUGUUCCUCCUUCACUUGUCAUCACUCCAGAUUCUGAGUGGAGUUGUCCGGAAGCUGGCGAAGUAUUGAAAAAGAAUUCAGUGCCGGAUUGGCCAUUGCUUGCAACUUACCUUAUAAGUGAAGCUAGCAUCAUGGAGUCUUCAAAAUGGUUCAGUUAUAUAUCGGCCUUACCUCGUCAACCUUACUCACUUCUAUACUGGUCUCAGACUGAACUAGAUCGCUACUUGGAAGCUUCGCAGAUUAGGGAAAGAGCUAUUGAAAGGACUAAUAAUGUCGUUGGAACAUACAAUGAUAUGAGGCUCAGAAUAUUUUCGAAAUACCCUGAUUUCUUCCCUGAAGAGGUGUUCAACAUUGAGUCCUUCAAAUGGUCAUUUGGGAUUCUUUUCUCUCGCAUGGUUCGGUUACCCUCAAUGGAUGGAAAGGUGGCCUUGGUUCCUUGGGCGGAUAUGCUGAAUCAUAAUUGUGAGGUGGAGACGUUUUUGGAUUACGAUAGAUCUUCGAAGGGAAUUGUCUUUACGACAGAUCGCCCCUAUCUACCAGGUGAGCAGGUGUUUAUUUCAUAUGGGAAUAAAUCAAAUGGGGAGCUUCUCUUAUCUUAUGGAUUUGUUCCAAAGGAGGGCACGAAUCCAAGCGACUCGGUUGAGCUGCCAUUCUCACUCAAGAAAUCUGAUGAGUCCUAUGAGGAGAAGUUGGAACUGUUGAGGAAGUAUGGAUUAUCAGGAUCUCAGUGUUUUCCGUUAAGGGUCACUGGUUGGCCAUUGGAGUUAAUGGCUUAUGCUUAUUUAGCUGUUAGUCCUUCAAGCAUGAGAGGGAAAUUCGAAGAGAUGGCUGCGAUCGCAUCAAAUAAAACUACCUCCAAUAAGAACUUGAGAUAUCCUGAAAUAGAGGAGCAAGCAUUGCAGUUCAUACUAGAUAGUUGUGAAUCUAGUAUCUCAAAAUACAAUAAGUUCUUACAGGCAAGUGGAUCGCUGGAUUUGGAUGUGACUUCUCCGAAACAACUUAACCGGAGACUCUUUCUAAAACAGCUAGCCGUGGACUUGUGUACGAGCGAGCGGAGGAUACUAUUCCGUGCUCAAUAUAUAUUGAGAAGAAGAUUGAGAGAUAUGAGGACUGGUGAAUUAAAAGCCUUAACAAUCUUCAAUGGAUUCAGGAAAUUUUUCAAGUGAUCAUGAAAUGAACUUGAUCACCCUUUGACAUGAUCAUGACCUAGUUCAAGUUCAUCACUUCAUGUAAUUGUUAGUUAUUGCUAAGGGAAAUAGGUUAAGCUUUGAAUGAUAAAAUAAUCUGUAUUGAAAAAGAAAAAAAAGCAAGAAAAGAAAAAAGUGAGGAAUGAUUGCAUCCAAACAAUUUUUUGUUUUGUUUUGUAUUGAGCACUUCACUAUUUUGGUCACAAGUUUUUUACAUGGUUAA